AUGGUUAACAGAUCAAUAAUCUUUUCUUUAUUUCUCCUAUGUAUUCUCACUUUCGAUCAGAAUGUCACAGCAUCAAUAACAAAUCGAGGCAACGAAGUAUUUCAAUUAUUGAAAGAAACACGAGAUCGAGUCAAACAUGGUACACAAUGUCUUCCACCAUCAAAGUAUUUUGCCGGGUCAUGCUAUACUUACAUGCGAUUGUUACCAGCCACAUCAUGGGAACGAGCAUAUAAUAAUUGUCAAACAUUGUCCAUGGGAAGAGAUGCUCGAUUGUUAGUGAUCGAUUCUAUUGCGGAAUAUGAAUUUGUUGAACGGGAACUCAUCGGACCGAAAUCAGGAUCUGAUAGUGUUUCAGUUUAUGUUGGAUUACGUAAAAUCAAUGAUACAUGGCUAUGGUCGAACGAUGUGCCAUUGAAAGAAACUCCGAUAUAUCGAUUUUGGGUCGAUAAUAACAAGGAUAUUCUUGCCUAUGAUUGUGGUGUUCUCUGGCUGGCUCGAAAUCGAAGUGUAUUAACAGCAGCUGCUUGUGCUGAACAAGCUCUACGACCGUAUGUUUGUAAACAUACAAUCGAUCGUUGUUAUAAUAAUAGUGGGGGUUGUGGAAAAUACGGAACAUGUAUAAAUUUACCAUUGAUCAAUUCUCAUAAAUGUCAAUGUCGAUUUCUAUACAGCGGAGCGCGAUGUGAAAAAUGGAGUAGUCAAGGUUUACAAGCAAUCAUUGGUGGUUUUAUCAUUGUUGUAGCGUUGAUUGCUUCGUACAUUAUCAAUCUAGAUCGAUCAGGUGAUCAAUGGUCUUUUCAUAAAUCAACUGCUGAACAUUACCAGGCUGCAACUUUCUAUGGUCAAAGUCGUCCGACAUCGUAUAUGCCGCGAUCUCCAGACGCAAUCGAUCGUGUUAUCUUCAAUCCAUGUUUGCCUCCUCACGACGAUUUUUUCGAUGCAUCAACUCCGAAUGAAAAACGUCAUCGACGAACUUCUUCUUCCUCAACUCCUCCGCCAAUUCCUCCACCAAUUGGCCGCUCAAUUGAACGUAAACAUCGCUAUUCCUUUCGUCGUAGCGUUCAAGAACUUCAAGUCACAUCUCACAUACGUAAUAUAUUCAUUAAACCAAAACGUUUGAUUUUCAUUAUUCUACCCAUCGUUCUCACAAUUAUUAUUUCGGUGAUCAUUGUUCAUGCAAAACAUUAUAUCAAAGAAAACAUCCUCCAAGCAUCUUAUACGAAUACAACACGAUUAUUUCAAUUUUGUGCUUUAUAUGAUAAUAAUUAUUAUGUCAAUUUGGUAACAUUACCAAUUGCUCUGGCUAUUAUUGGAUUCAUUAUCGUGAAUGAAACUCGUACGAGGUGCUGUCGGUGUGUAAAAGGGAAAGGCUCUAUUUAUACACCUAUACCAUACAAUCCAUUUUCGAAAGUCAAUCGUUUGGAUACGAUGAUUCUCUGUGGAAUCGUUAGUCAUGAAAUUCUUCAGAUCAUCGAAGAAAUUUUUCUCAAAGCUUCGCAAAUGAAAUUGUUAACAAUGCGUGGGCCUUUAUUCGAUCUUAUUCGACAAAUCGGUCUCGUAAUCAUUAUUGGUAUGCGUUACUAUCCCGUCUAUUCAGUUGUUGAAAUGACCGAUGCAAAUAUUCUGUAUUAUGGUCUCUGCGCAUUAUAUAUGUGGAUUGAUUUAAUCCUACGAACCAUUGAACAAUCAUAUUGUGCGAAUAUCGGACCAUUGAUUAAGACAUGGCAUCGAUUUCAACAAUUUCGAAAGGAAGUUACAUCACAAUUUGUAACAAGUUCACUGAUGACAACAACUGUGGGAACGAAUGUGGAGCAUGACGGGUUGAGAGGACAUUUUCAGAAGUAUCGAGAACGAUUUGCGAACAGAAAACAUCGAACUUCGUCUUCGACAAUGUUUCCGCCAUUACCAGUAAAUGUCAAUCCGAGUUCAUCAUUGAAUUGGUCAUCAAUUUAUUUGAAUUUUUCUUCUCUUCAUGAUCGCAAUGAAUCUCAAUCAACGUUUGAACAAUUCAAUAUUGAUUCGUCAAUUAUCGGUGUUCUUAAAUACGCUCCAUAUUACAUAUGUUUAACAUAUAUCUGUAUUCGUUUAACUUAUUUAUUUCUUUUCAAACUCUUUGCUUUACUUCGUUAUUGUAAUCAAGAGAAAAAUUCCUCUCCGAAACAUUCAUCCAAACAUAUCUAUCACGAACCAGAUCUCAACAAUUCUCUACCUUCACCAUCCUCUGAAACGUUAUCUGUAGAGUAUCGUUAUGUUCGUCAUUUACUACAAAAAACUCAACGUACAUUAGUUAAAACCAAUGAGAAAAUCUCAUUUGUCAAAUCUAUAUUAUACAAAAUCUAUCGUCCAAACAAAUAUUUCAAUUAUUCGAAACAAAUUUUGAACAUGUAUAUGAUUGCUUUUAUGUUAACUUAUUAUUUAACAUUCAACAUUCUUCAAGCUGGCUUUUACAUCAUUGAGAAACUCUACAGUAUAUUCGCAAUUCCAUUGAUUGUACUCUCUGACGAACUUGACUUGCCACAACCACAACCGUUCAAUUUAAAAUACGAAAUCAUGGUUGCUUGUUUUCUAACUGCUGGAAUUUAUUAUUUGCAAUUGUUAUGGGGAAUGAAGAGUUAUCAAAAACAUAUGUUGGAUAGUUAUAAAGGAAUUUUCAUUGAUAUUCCACCGAGAUCUGCGUUUAAAAGCGCAAGAUUGAUAUCGAAACAUGCGCAUUACCCAGGAUACUGUUUAGCUUAUCUGGGCUUCGCGUACAUAUCGAUGGGAAACGUGAUUUUUGUGACAAUUGUUGUUCUACGUGUAAUUUUCAAACAUCUUUAUUUCGUUGAACAAAUCGCGAAAGUUCUCAUACCGAUCAUGGUGAUUUAUUUAUCGAAAUUUAUAUUAAUGUGGUUUCUCUCACGAACAUUCUUUAUCCAAAAACAUGGGAAAACGAUGGCGCUGAAGAAUCUUCGAGCAUUUUUUGUCUUUUCAUAUUUCAAUUUCUUCUUCGACUGUUUUCUCGGUUUUGUUUCCUGCAGUCUUCGUGUAACAAAAGCAUCCAUCGCUGCAAUAAUCUUCCUUCCACGACUGGAUUACUGUAUCUUCGGACGAACAUUAGAAAAACUGGAUUCGGGCUUUAUCUCUUACGUCACGUUUAUUCACAUGGAAUGUCUUCACACACAUCCUGUCCUCAUCUAUUAUUGUUCAUUGGUGAGCGAAAAGAUCCUUCAACGUCAACGAGUCAGUCAAUUAAGCAAACGGGAAAUUCGUCAGUCUGAUCUGUGUACAUAUACACGUCGACAACGAGUAAUCUUUCGUUGGUAUUUGGUAUAUACAUUGAUACGAAACAGUCAAUUAGCACGGCUGAGAAAGCACGAAGUGUCUCGUUUUCAAUUACAAUCUGCCGAGAGUUUUAAUGAGUUUUUAGAACGCAAAUUUUUCAAUCGUUUUCAGUUACCGACAACAAAAUUUAAUUUAACGACGAAUAGUCAAACAAAUUUACAUCAAAAUGGAACAACGAAUUCGAAUACAAUCAUUCGAAAUCAAACAACAGCAUGUACAACUUUACUAUUAGAUGGCUAUGAACAUGAUGAUCGCAAACCAUCCUAUUAA